GAGCUCAUUUACAAGUGACAGAAGAAAAGAGUAGAGAGAAGGAAGCACUAUCUUUCUAUUAGACAGGUGUUAACAGUCUUGAACUAUAGGACAGUGGGAACGCAGUGAAGGUGACUUUCACUGCUCCAACACUUUGAUACACAAAGGACAAGAAAUGCCAGAGGAAGCUUCUUCAGAAGUUUGAAUGGGAAUACAGAGUCCUUACAGAAAUUCAUCGUGCCUCUGGCGUCCAUUCUUUUAGGUUUUUUUUUGUUUGACUGAAGUUUAUAUUAUCUUUCAAAUUGUUCACUAUGUCGGCAGCCACCAGUGACCAGCUGCACAGAACAACCUUAACCGUCUAUGCGAACCUGAUGGAGCAAUUCAACCCUGGCCUCCAGAACCUUGUUGCUCUAGGAAACAGCUACGUCAAUGCUUUCCAAGCCUUAGCUGUUUGCAGCGAGGCAUACUUCAGCGCUGUGGCUAAGAUGGGUGAUCAAGCGCUUCACACAUUUUCAUCUCGCUCUCUUGGGGAUGUCCUUAUCCAGAUAUCAGACACACAGAGGAGACUCACUGCAGAGAUGGAGGGUGUGUUUCGGUGGUUUCAGGUUGAGGUGUUGCAGGCCAUGGAAAAGAACACCAAGUUGGAUGAGGAGUACAUUGAGGGGAGUCGCAGAGUGUAUGAGCUGGAGGUGAGAAACCAGGCGGAGACUUUGGAGAAACAGCUGAGACGAGGAUCUUACAGGGACUCCUUGGAGAACAGUGAGUACAUGUUGUAUCUGAAGCAGAGCCGACAGGAGAUCCUAAAGGAGGAGGAGAGGAGGUAUCGCUUCCUCGCAGAGAAACAUUGUGGCCUUACUCAGUCACUGCUCUUCCUUAUUAACAAGACCGGUGCAUCUCUUCAACAGAAAGCAGAUGGAUGGAAGGAGAAAGUGAACGACACUAAAGGGUCCAGACCUCGGACUCCCACUCAGUUAGACCAAGAAGCACAGCUGCGAGGUUCAGUGAGCUCCCUGCUGCAGACUGUGGCCAGAGAUGAAGAUAUGUCCUGGGCCAGGAGGGAGCAGCAGGCGCUGGGAAGAGUUCCCUCUAGAGCUCCAUCUCCCAUCCCAAACCGCUCUCGCUCCAGCUCAGUGGGGGAAUCCCUGGGUCUUGGUGGAGGGAGAGCCAUGAGAGCCCUGGUGUCUCACCCUUCAUCAUCCAACCCAAAGCUUUUACCUUUCAACAGGGGAGAGACUGUCACAGUACUGGUCCAGGAGCCACGCAAUGGCUGGCUGUACGGACGCACAGACAGCAGCCUGCGUCAGGGCUGGUUCCCUGCUGCAUAUGUGGCCCCUGUUGAGGACCUCUCCAACAAUUUGGCAAUAAGUGGUGGCUCUCUAAGAAGCCACAGUAUGAACAACCUGCUUGACACUGACCAAUCAGAGAACACAAAGUAUGGAGAUGUCCCACCACCAGCUACACCCAACCGACGAGCCUCUGUGGACUUCCGACCGAUCUCUCCUUUUCCAGAGAAGCAGUUGGAGCUACUUUUGGAAGCAAAGCCUGGUCAGACGAAGACCUACAAUGAACACCCACCUCCACCUCCUCCCCCACCACCCCCUCCUCCCUCAAGUCAGAAUCUAAGAAGGAGCUCUGUGGAUUUUCGACCAAUCUCUCCCCUUCCCGAAAGGAAGGGUGAGUCAGCUUCUGAUGUCCAGAGUUUAUCACCCCAUGGGCAUUCUGAAAACCCUCUGUUUCCCAGAGGCACAAACCCAUUCGCCACUGUGAAGCUGCGCCCGACGACGACCAAUGACAGAUCUUCUCCUCGGAUCCUUUGAUCUAUCGGCACAUGUGCAGGCAUGGUUUGUAAACCAAGGCUGCAAGAUGAGGUUG